CUUUCUUCAGAGGUCUAUGACUCUAUGCCGAAGACUUUGAACUAGAAAAACCUCUGCUUGACGCUUCUCUACCUUAAUCCUCUUUCUCUUCGAGCAAAACCACUAAUUUACUUUCAGUUUUAGAGCUUACGGAUGCAUUUAUCAGAACUCUGACACCAAAGAUCAGUUAUCUUCUUCCUCCUUUUUCUCUCUCAGUUUUCCUAGCAGUCUGAGGCCUGGAUUGAGAGAGAAAGAGGCAAAGAAAGAUUUUUGAUUGAUGGCCAUGAUCUCAAAUCUAAGGGGACCGAGAACCCAGGAAGGAAUGCCCGUUUCUAACGGGUUGUCUUCUUCCUCUUCUUCUUCUUCGUCUCCCAACCAGAAGAAAUGGUCAAACUUGAUGCCUCUCUUUGUGGUCCUUGUUGUUGUAGCAGAGAUAGCUUUUCUGGGUCGUCUUGAUAUGGCCAAAAACACCGCCUUCUUUGAUUCAUGGCCGGAUUUGUUCUAUAAAACAACGGCUUCUCAUGGAGUGGAGAAUGUCUUCGGUGUUGAUUCGGAGAUUGGAUUGAAGGAUGAUGACCUGAAGUCGUCGCCAGGGAGUUGCGAGGAGUGGUUGGAGAGAGAGGAUUCUGUGGUUUAUUCAAGGGAUUUUGAAAAGGAUCCUAUCAUUGUUCAUGGUGGUGGGCAGGAGUGGAAAACCUGCACAGUUGGCUGCAAGUUUGUAUAUAAUCCCAAAGAGAGUCCUGAUGCUGCCUUUGGUGCCCCUCACCAACCUGGAAUAACUAGCGUGUUGCGUUCAAUGGAAUCAUCCCAAUACUAUUCAGAGAAUAAUAUUGAUCAGGCACGACGGAGGGGAUAUAAUAUUGUAAUGACAACUAGUCUCUCAUCAGAUGUUCCUGUUGGAUACUUUUCCUGGGCUGAAUAUGAUAUCAUGGCACCAGUGCAGCCAAAGACCGAGAAUGCCCUUGCAGCAGCUUUCAUUUCUAAUUGUGGCGCUCGUAACUUUCGUUUGCAGGCCCUUUUUGAGCUUGAAAAGGCUGAUAUCAAGAUUGAUUCUUAUGGUGCAUGCCAUAGAAACCAUGAUGGAAGAGUGGACAAAGUUGAAGCAUUGAGACAUUAUAAGUUUAGCCUAGCUUUUGAGAACUCUAAUGAGGAGGACUAUGUUACUGAAAAGUUUUUCCAAUCCCUUGUUGCAGGAUCCAUACCAGUUGUUAUUGGUGCUCCAAAUAUUGAGGAUUUUGCUCCUUCUCCUGAGUCAAUUUUACAUAUUAGAGAAUUGGUGGAUGUUCCAUCAGUCGCGAAGAGAAUGAAGUACCUAGCAGAAAAUCCUGAUGCAUACAAUCAAUCUUUAAGGUGGAAGUAUGAGGGGCCUUCUGAUUCUUUUAAGGCCCUGGUGGAUAUGGCAGCUGUGCACUCAUCAUGCCGGCUUUGCAUUCACCUGGCAACCAUGGCUCGGGAGAAAGAAGAAAAGAGUCCUGAUUUCAAAAAACGCCCCUGCAACUGCUCUAGUGGUCCAGAAACUGUGUAUCAUUUAUAUGUAAGAGAACGAGGGAGGUUUGAGAUGGAUUCUGUUUUCUUAAGGUCUGGGAAUUUGACACUGGAAGCCUUAGAGUCUGAAGUAUUAACUAAGUACAGGUCCCGAAAACACGUCCCUAUUUGGAAGCUAGAAAGACCUGAAAGCAUCAGAGGAGGUGAUGAACUUAAAAUAUACAGAAUAUAUCCUGUUGGCUUGACCCAGAGACAAGCUUUGUAUACCUUUAAAUUCAAAGGGGAUGCCGACUUUAGGAAUCACAUUGAAAGCAACCCUUGUGCAAAGUUUGAGGUCAUAUUUGUCUAGAUAAAAGAUUGCAGUCUCCCAACUUUGAGCAUUGUAGUAUUACCAAUUUCAGCUUCUUCUGCUGGCCCAUUCACAGAGAGAUUGAGGUGAUUUCAAAUGAUACGAUGAUUUUUCACUAAUGAUGUAAUGCUAAGAUUUUAGGGAAGAAAUUGCUUUGAAUUCUGAUGUCCUGAUGGGGAGUUGUGUAAGCUCACCGUACAUCUGAUGUAUGUCCCACCAAUUUUAGGUUUAGAAUUCUUACGUGCAGUGUAAGUUAUUGAAUAGAAUCAUUUUACCUUGAUCUGGUACUGACUUGGUUCGUACAUUUUUUCUUUGAUCAUGAAAGGUCUGUUGAUUGCAUUCUGCCUUUCCCAGAGGCCAUCUUAACUCAAUUGUCCGCGAAAUAGCUUUCAGCCCUAGAUUGCCAUAAGAAGAGCUUCUUUGGGACAUCUUUUGAUUGGGAAAAUGCUAAUAUUGCCCUUUAGUCAAUUUA